UAUCACUCCGCGUAUUGUUUGCAAUCUCGCCGCCAUAUUGUGAGCGCAGCGCGGGUCACCGUCGCGUGUAUGGCCCAUUCCUGAGAGCAUUUUCGAUCGAGUAAAUAUUGUGCGGUUGUUUGUAAAAUAAAUAAAUCCAUCGCCAUGGAUCCCGCGAAGCUGAAAGUGGUCGAGCUGCGGGCAGAGCUCUCUCAUCGCGGACUCGAUACCAAAGGAAAUAAAGCUGUUCUCGUCGAGCGACUCCGCAAGGCUUUGGAGGACGAAGAAGCCGAAGACCAAGUCGAAGAAACUACGAUUCCUGAGACGAACAAAGAGGAAGGUGUGGUUUCCAGGGAGGCACAACCACACGAACAGUCGCCAGAGCCGGAGCCUGCAAAACCUACACCACCUGCUAAAACACCCGGGGGACGAUCUGCUCGAAGCGCUUCAGCUACUAGCCCUUCCAAAACACCUUCGAGAGCAGCCGCGAGGGCGAAACAAUCGCCUUCUCCAGCCAAAGCUCCACCACCGGAAGAACAGAGGAAGCCCUCCCCUGUACCUGAGGAACCAGCUCCCGAACCAGAUGUACGAGAACCCGAAGUUCUUCCUCGAGCUGCGACGCCUGAAAAUAUUACAGAUAGCUCCGCGAGAUCUCCUGAGAAAGAAUCACACGCGGUUAGUCCUGAGAAGACGGAGGCACAGCCUGAAGAACAUGUUGAAUCCGUUCCUGCAAGUGUCGAGGAGAGUCCGCAGCAAACGGAAGAGCCUGUUUCGCAAUCCGAAGAAAAAUCUGACGUUACGGAAACCCCUACAGAACAAGAAGUGAAUGUGCCUGAAAAUAUAGAAGAGCAUUCAACUGCUGAAACGGAAGAGCAGCCACAAGAAGAAUUUGUUAAGGAACCAUCUCCAGUAACCGAAGUUUCACAUAGUCCCGAACCGCCCGAAGAACAUGAACCAGUUGAAUCUACGAACCAAAAUCAUGAGAAUCUUCAUCCUGUAAAGGAGGAAAUGGUUAAAGAAGAGGAAUUAAACAACGAAGAAGAAUCUAAGGAAGAAGCUAUGGAUGACAGUGUGUCCAACAAGGAAGAGAUUGAUACAAAAGAUUCGAUUGAAUCUGUCCAAAUCAAGGAGGAAUCUGAACAGGAAGACAAGGAUGUGAUUCCGAAAACAGUAAACUCGGAACCAACUGUUCCAGGGGAAGAGGAUCCGGAAGAAAAUAUACCUGAAGAUAAUAAAGAAAAAAUUGAAUACUAUGACUACGACGAGAGGACGGUGAAACGAGAAGAGCCGGAUGUAGAAAUGAAGGAUGCCAACAACGAAGAAGACAGCGACGCAGCAAGGGAUAGAGACCGGAAAGAUCGUAGAGACAGAAAGCGCAAAAGAUCUUCAAGCCCACAACAGGAACGGUACAGAUCACCACCACCUAUAAAGCCUGAUGAUGAACCAGAGCUUGAGGAUGGAACUGUAGUAUUAUCCUGGUAUGAUUCGGAUUUAAACUUGGUGAUUAACAAGGAUCAUUUUUGUACUGCAACUCCGAUGCACAAUGACGGUUUUGGCUACAUUUGGGCUGGCGCUCGGGCGUCGUUUGGUUUUCGUAUGGGAAAACUCUACUAUGAAGCCAAAGUUCUCGAGAAUUGCAAUAUCAAUUUGCAAGACGAGGAAAAUCCGCAUGUAGUUCGCGUUGGUUGGUCUGUUGGCGGAACCUCAAUGCAACUUGGAGAGGAGAAAUUCAGUUACGGGUAUGGAGGUACCGGAAAGAUUUCGACAGAGUGUAAAUUCAAGGAUUAUGGAAAGAAGUUUGGUAAGGAUGACGUCGUCGGGUGUUAUGCGGAUCUUACGGGCGAGACAAAUAUCGACCUCUCAUUCACCGUGAAUGGGGAGGAUCAGGGAAUUGCGUUUUCAAUCUCCAAGGAGGAGAUCGGUGACGUUGCUCUCUACCCCCAUAUUCUUACCAAAAAUUGCACGUUUGGGUGUAACUUUGGGCAGGUUGAGCCAUGGAGCAAGCGGAUCCUUCCAGGAUACAUUUCUGUAGGCGAGGUUGAUCCUCAAGAGAGAAUCGCAGGACCUCGUAGACCGGAAAGAAGAGAAGACUGCGAAAUGAUACUUAUGUGCGGUCUUCCUGCUGCUGGAAAAACUCAAUGGGCCUUGAAGUAUUCAGCUAUACAUCCAGAGAAAAUGUACAACAUACUUGGAACAAACACUCUGAUCGACAAAAUGAAGGUGAUGGGGCUACCACGAAAGCGGAACUAUCAUGGACGCUGGGAAAUUCUAAUUGACAAAUGCACCAGGGCUUUGAAUAAACUGCUCGAAUUGGCCUCGACGAGACGACGGAACUACAUUCUGGAUCAGACAAACGUAUAUCCUACCGCACAAAGGCGCAAAAUGAGGCGUUUCUACGGGUUUCAACGGAAGGCUGUAGUUAUAGUACCAACGGACGAAGAAUUCAAGUUACGCACUGCUAAGCGUGAGGCCAUCGAAGGCAAGGAUGUUCCUGAUUCCGCGGUCCUGGAAAUGAAAGCAAACUUCUCUGCACCUACUGUGGGCGAGUCUUUCGACGUAGUCGAAUACGUCGAGCUUCAGGAAGAAGAAGCAAAGAAGCUGAUAGAAAAGUACAACAAAGAAGGAAAGGAAGCAGGAUUCUCCCAACAACAAAUCAACAAAAGGCCACGUUUCGAGAAAGUCGAUAGUCACAGAGACAGUCGUGAUUCACGGAGCAGUCGUGACAGCAGGGACAGCCGAGAUCAUCGCGAUCGCAGGGUCGGAUACCCAGAAAGAAAUCGCAACAUGGGUGGAUGGCGUGGCGGUAAUAACGGGGGUGGUUGGCGAGACAGGCCACAACGUGGCAGUGGUAGUGGCAGCGGUGGAGGUAGCGGAAGCGGAGGGAGCAGUGGUGGAUCAGGAGGACACCUUAGACACGGAGGAAGCAGUGGGAGCGGCGGAUACGGUACAGCUUCUGGCGGUGGUUGGAGGGGUGGUGGCAGAGGCGGACCUCUCGUGCCGUCGCACCGCGGCGGAAACGACAGACGUGGGGGUGGUGGAGACAGAAGGCCAGCAGGAGGAAACGAUCGCAACCGAGGUUCUCAGCAAAGACAAGGCGGAGGCUGGGGAGCUAUGGGUUAUCAAGGCUCGCAACAACAGAGCGGAGGUGGCUGGGGUCAACAGGGUGGAUGGUCCGGUAGUCAGUCGCAGCAGGGUGGUUGGGGGCAACAGGGUGGAUGGGGUCAACAACAAUGGGGAGGCUGGAAAGGAUUUGGGCAAAAUUCGUACGGCCAGGGUGGCUACAAUCAACAGAAUUACGGGAACGGAAAUUGGGGCGGGUGGAAUCAGCAACAGUAUUAUAAUCAAUAUUGGGGUCAGCAGCAGCAACAGCAGCAACAACAACAACAACAGUCGGGUCAAGCGGCCGUCACCGGUUCUGCUCAGACUGCAACAACGACCGGAGGUGCGAGCUCGACGAGCGCCUCGACGACGAACUCAGGCACGUACGGGUACUCACAGGGCUGGCAGAGCUACACUCCGUCCUACUCGUUCCCGACUCAAACAACGACGACGAAUGCUCAGCAAGCUCAGCAACAAAAGUAGAAGUAAUGAGACGUCGGUCACCAAUUUAUUAUUAAUUUCAGAAACGGUGAGCGAUAUGCAUCACAGUAAUGUCGAAACCUUUUUUAUUUGUCGACCGUGUACAGCCAAUCUGUUUAUACAUCUAAGUAUUCGAUUAGACGAUCGC